AUGGCCGUCAACGCCAAGUUGCACUCCGUGCUGGAGUACGUGCGGGACAUGAACAACCCGUAUGUGUGUCUUGUACAGAAGGCCAUGAACGCCGACGCCGCCAUCGUCCCAUUCUACCAGGUCGAGGAGGUGCGGGAGGCCAGCUUUCAGUCCGACUACGCCUGCGAGAUGAUCAUGAAGGCACUCGCGCCGAGGCUAGAUGAGGCCUCGACUGUCACCGUCAAUAAGGCGCUCACACUCUUCCGCGUGCUCUUCCUCGAGGGCGCCAGUAGCCUCCGCACGCGCAUGGCGCAAGUGCGCGGCAGUCUGCUGCGCAUCGCGAACCUGCAGGGCGUGCGCAGUGGCACGUUGGAGGCGUCCAACAAGGAUCUCGCCGCCGCCCUCCUGCAGGCGAUGGAGGGGAACAGCGACGCGCUCGCCGCGUUCUCGUCCGCGUAUACGAGCGGGACGAAGGAGGCGGAGACAUCAACCUUGCAACCAUACAAGAGCGAGUUCCAGACGAUGCGGGAGAAGGAGCAGCGCCUCUACCGAAGGCAAUGCGAGGAGGAAAAGAGACAAUCGGCGGUGAUUGUGAAGGGGCGUGUCUACGAGACCUUUGACGUGAAGUUGUCGCCAGACAAACUUGUCGAACAAGUCAUCACUAACCCGAAGAAGAAAUUCGCACGACAGGAGCUUGACUCCUUUGUCACUGCCGCGACCGCGACUGGGAAUCUGCAGGAGGUGUGUGCCGAGCUCGACCGCCACCUGCAGGACGGCCGCCAGACGCUACAGAAUCGCUACAAAGUCCUUCUCGUGGUGGAGGCGCUUGUUUGCAGCGGAGCGGAGGCAGUUCAGGGGUACUUCUGCGACCACAGCACCGGCAUCCGCCGUCACCUUGAAAUAAACCCCGCCGACAACCCGGUGAAGGCGGAGGCGGCCAGGGGUAUCGCCCAGCGCGUUGUGCAGGCGCUGCAUGGGCAGCCGGCGUCGAUGUUGCAGACAACAGCAUCAUCAGUACCAGUAGCAGCAGCAACAACUACAUUUCCAGGGCAGCAUAGCGUCCCACAACAACAACAACAACAACAGCAAGAUCAACAGCAGCGGUCCGCAUCAAUGCAAAUUGACGAUUUGUUCUCUGAUCUGUCAUUUAGGAGGGCGCCGGCACCUUCCCCUGGAUCGAAGCAGACCACCAGCACUAACACUGACGAUAUUUUUGACACAUCUCAGUUCAAUCAGCCAAUUUCAUCGACACCACUGUCGUCCUCUAGCGGUAUCACCGUUCUGUCGCGUGUGUUUCACCCCCACCCUCAACCAAUACCACCGUCAUCGCAGCAGUUUGAUUGUCAGCAACGGGUCGAUGCAGUGCAACAGAACAUUCCUCCAAUGAGGUCGCUGACCGCGUCGUCGCGAAAUGCCACAGAUUCAGGCUACGGGGUGACGAGUGGUGAUGUAUGGCAUCAACAACAGCAACAGCAGCAGCAAGGUGGCGCUCCAUUGAGUGGAAGUAAUGGUGUCUCGCCGCCACCGCCAAUCCCAACCCCCUCAAAUGCCAUGGGAGAAAUGCUCACAUCAGGAGGAGAAGGACCGUUCUAUCUGUCUUCUUCCCCUGCCGCUCCCCAGCAGGGACAGAAGCAGCAAAAAGAAAUCCACAAUGCGCAGAGUAUUGACAAGAUGAGACUAAUGGAGCAGCUUCAGGCACAGAUGGAGGCAACACGGCUUAUGCUGGAGCAGCAACAGGCGGCCUUCCUUGCGCUACAGGCGGAGCUGCGAAAUACAUAA